GAAUGUGCGUCUUUCUUUCUAACGCAAAGGAUUUCGCAAAGGCAUUUGAGAUUUAUCACAAGCGAUCAUUGACAAGCAGGCAAUACGGUAUGUGCAGGUUUUGGGUUCAGUAUAUGUAGAGUCUGUAGGAAUGUGUAAAACCACGCGAUUGACGUGAUAUCAUAAGAAAAGCUUCAUCAGCGGUCUACUGCGGCCGGAAAGAAAGGACGUCUCAAUGGCAGUGAACGUGGCAGCCAAGUUACGGAAGUGUAGUUACCGAGAUAUCAAAGUCAUAUGUGAAAUGAUCGUGGCCUUAGAUGCGUUAACUUCACUGUGAACAUAGCUGAUCAACAACGUUUGUGAAACAGCUGUCUCCAAUGCUUUUCAGGCUCGUUUCGGUGACAGAAACCGCCGUCGCGUGUUUCUAGUUACCCCCGGACUGCUGGGUCUGCUGGUGAAUGCCUCGUCAAGUUUGGAACCCGUUCUGGUGCCCGCUCUCGCGAAACCGCUACUGCGCGCAAUGCUUACGAACCGACAAGCGCAGACAAUCUCGGACGCUGCGCCGCCUGUGCGUAUGCUGAACAAGCUGACACGCUGCUUUACAACGUGGUUCAACGUCAGUCAGUCUUUGAGUCCGGAAGUGGCAGCGGAGCUCGUGGUACUGGAGCCCCUCUUCCAACUCUACAGGAAACGGCUGACCGAAUCUAUUCCCAGCGACACCGUGCUGCACGCCAGCUACACCAACCAGCAGCUUUUCUUCCUUCUCUGGGCACACGGUCAUUGCGGUGACCCGAACGGGCGCGUCCUCGUCAAUGUCGUGGCGAGGAAUAGUCCCCGCUUCGGCCGAACCUUCCGAUGUUCGGCAGCCAAGGACACGGCCCACGAAAAAAGCUGCUCUCUCAGCAACCACGUGUAAUUGAAAGAACGGUGCUUUCUGGGUAGGCGUGGUUGAACGUUGUUGUGGCUCGGCGAAUGGGGCCCCAAGGCGCCCACCGCUCCGCUGCCAUCUUCUAGAGCGUCGGAACCUCAGCGCCAUGAACGAGUAAAAUGCAAAUUUUCAAUAA